UUAAUCUCCCCUCAAUCUGGGGCGGGGGUGGGCGGGGGGACCCCCCCAGUCCCGCCGGUCCAUGGUGAGGCGGAGGCGCCGGCAGCACCCAGAGAAUGGUGAAUAACACUGAAGACCCUCAAGAGGCUUUGUAACGUCCCAUCCUCAUGUAAAGUAUGCUCAGAACUUUUCCAGUAGUCCUGCUGGAAACCAUGUCUCACUACACAGACGAGCCAAGAUUCACCAUAGAGCAGAUCGACCUCCUGCAGCGCCUGAGACGCACGGGAAUGACCAGGCAUGAGAUCCUGCACGCCCUGGAAACCUUGGACCGUCUGGACCAAGAGCACAGCGACAAAUUCGGGAGAAGAUCCGGCUACGGAGGCGGCUCCUACGGCAACAGCACCAACAACGUGCCGGCGUCGUCCUCGACGGCCACGGCUUCCACGCAGACGCAGCACUCGGGGAUGUCGCCGUCCCCGAGCAACAGUUACGACACCUCCCCACAGCCUUGCACUACGAAUCAGAACGGGAGGGAGAGUAACGAGAGGUUGUCUGCCUUCAACGGGAAGAUGUCGCCCACCCGCUACCCGCUGGCCAACAGCCUGGCCCAGAGGUCCUACAGCUUCGAGGCCUCCGAGGAGGACUUGGACAUCGACGACAAAGUGGAGGAGCUGAUGAGGAGGGACAGCAGUGUGAUAAAGGAGGAAAUCAAAGCCUUCCUCGCCAACCGGAGAAUUUCCCAAGCAGUUGUUGCACAGGUAACAGGUAUCAGUCAGAGCCGGAUCUCCCAUUGGCUGUUGCAGCAGGGGUCGGACCUGAGUGAACAGAAGAAAAGGGCAUUUUACAGAUGGUACCAGCUUGAGAAGACAAAUCCUGGGGCUACACUAAGCAUGAGACCCGCUCCCAUCCCAAUAGAAGAGCCAGAAUGGAGACAGACGCCUCCCCCAGUCACAGCUACCUCUGGGACCUUCAGACUACGGCGAGGCAGUCGGUUCACGUGGAGAAAGGAGUGCCUGGCUGUUAUGGAGAGUUACUUCAAUGAGAAUCAAUAUCCCGACGAGGCAAAGAGAGAAGAAAUUGCCAACGCCUGUAAUGCAGUUAUACAAAAACCAGGAAAAAAGUUGUCGGAUUUGGAGCGAGUUACCUCCCUCAAAGUGUACAAUUGGUUUGCCAACAGGAGGAAGGAGAUCAAGAGAAGAGCCAAUAUUGAAGCAGCAAUCCUGGAGAGCCAUGGAAUAGAUGUACAGAGUCCAGGAGGUCACUCCAACAGCGACGACGUGGACGGCAACGACUACUCAGAGCAGGACACUUGGCAAGUACGCAACGGGGAGGAGGAGGGACGGUGUUCCGAGGGAGGCAGAGAAGCAGAGAAGGUAGAAGAAGACAGGAGGAUCUGCUCCAAACAAGAUGACAGCACUAGCCAUAGUGACCACCAAGACCCCAUUUCCUUAGCAGUGGAGAUGGCAGCAGUCAACCACACCAUCCUGGCGCUGGCCCGGCAAGGAGCCAACGAGAUCAAGACAGAGGCUCUGGACGACGACUGAUGCCAAGAGAGGGGAGGGUCAAAGCAAGAAGUAACUUAGUUUUAGACGUAGCACCUUAGCAGACUUUCCUCAGUCCUUAAUAUGUGUUCUUACAGUAUAACUUUGCAGUUUCUUGUACGUCAGUUAGCUGUUAGGGUCUUGUUCUGUGAAGAUGGCAUGGUGCCCUCAGCCUUUGCAUAUACUCUCUCAGUAUUAAUUCCCAAUAAAUAAUCAAUCAACCAACCAACCUCCCUCUCCCGGCCCCCAGUGGC